AAUUUUGAUUAUUAUAGAUACUUUAAUGUGCCAAUCAUUUACUUCUGUGCCAAAAACUUAUAUCAGAGCAGCCGACGAAUUACUUCCUCUUUCACAUGCCAGUCGUCUAGCUAGUCUUCCCAGCCUUUCCCCUCUUCCAUUUUCUCAUCGCCACCCUUCCCUAGCAUUAACAACCGGUGCCGGUUCAGCUUCACAUCCUUCUCGAUUUUCGCCUUUAGAACCUCAACGGCCUCCUAGAGCCAUUCCCCAGUCCUUAACAAAAUCGUUGCCUAAAAGACAAGGAAGGAUGACGACAGAAAAAAAUUUGGACGAAUUAGCCCCCCUCGGCAAUGAAUGGGAAAAAUCACAGCCUGGAACUGGAAUUUGUGGAAAAUGUGUUCUUUGUUUAUUACUUAAUGCGGUGUUUGUUUUGGCCCUUUUUCUUGCUUUUCUGAUUGGACAUUUUGCGUCUGAAGCACAUUUACCUUUAAAUAAUAAAACUGACAACUUAACUUUAAAUAAUUUAUUACUAACCUCUAAUAAUGCGACAAUUGGUAAACUUAAUCAGACAGCUUCGACUUUACAAAAUCAGACGGAAAUGAAACAAAAGGAUUUAGAAUUUGUGAAGAAUAUUGAAAGAACAAGACAAACAAUUAAAGAUGUUUAUCCCCCACAACUUUACGAUUCUGAAAGUUUUUUUGAUUCUCAAAGUGACCAAGAUUUUGCAUUAUUAUCUCCUUUUAACAACGAUGUUCACCAUUCCACUACAAAAUUAAUUUCUCGUUCGGAUUACCCGUUAGUUCCUCUUCCAAGAAUUGCUUUACCUAGGCAUUACAAUGUUGAUUUAGAUUUAACAGAAUUUUAUGGCGUAGUUGAUUGGCCUAGAAUACGUGGAAAUCUUUCAAUUUUAUUAGAAGCUUUUGGCAAUGCAACAGAUGACGAACUUUUAUUUAACGCUGGGACUAAUAUUUUUAUUCAACGGAUUCGUCUUUAUCGCCAAACUGAGUUUGGAAAAGUUGUGGUUGAAAUUAAGUCUGUUAAGAGGCAUAUAGAACGUGAAUUUGUUCGUUUAAUUUUGGGGGAAAGAUUGAGUGUUGGAUGGUAA